GCCCUGGGCCGGCGGCAUGAGCACCGGCCGCGGAGCCUCCGCGGGCCGCCCCGGGCGCCUGCACCCCGCCGGCGCCGCCGCGCCCGCGCCCGAGGAGAUUUACGACCAUCUCUUGGAAGCCCCAGCCGCUCGGGAGCAAUUAAACCACUAUCGGAAUGUGGCCGAACACGCCCGAAGUGAACUUGCAGCAACUCUGGUCAAAUUUGAAUGUGCUCAGUCCGAGCUUCGAGACCUCCAGUCCAAAAUGCUUUCUAAAGAAGCUUCCUGGCAGGAACUGAAAGCCGAGAUGGAGAACUACAAAGAGAACAACGCGAGAAAGUCAUCUCUCCUCAGCUCUCUGAGAGACAGGGUCCAGGAGCUGGAAGAAGAAUCGGCAGCCCUGUCCGCCUCCAAAAUGAGGACCGAAAUCAUGGCUCACGCCGCAAUCAAGGACAACCAGGAGCUAAAGAAGAAGGUGGCAGAACUAGACGAGGAAUUACAAAAGUGUGUAAAGGAAAACGAGGAGAAUAAGAAUCAGAUGUCGAAGAAUUGCAAGGAACAUGAGGAAUUUCUAGCUUGUCUCCGGGACUGCUUAGAUCCGGAUAAGAAGAACGAAAGGAUAUCAGAUGAAGAUUUAAUUCUAAAGCUCAGGGAGCUGUGCACGGAAAACACGUCUCUGAAAGGACAGCUUGCUACUCUUGAAGAGGCCGUGAAUGUCCAUGAGGUGGAGGCCAAAGCCAGCCGAGAAACCAUCAUGCGGCUGGUUUCCCAGGCCCACAGAGAGCAGAAGAGAGCCGCCGCCUGCGCCCAGGAGAGAGCCGGGCUGCAGCAGGACUUGCUCAGCGCUGUCGAGGCAAAGGAAGCUCUUGAAAGGGAAGUGCAGACCUUCCGAGAAAGGCUGCUUGCGGGCCAGCGGGCCUGGGAUGCCUCGAAGCAGGAGCUGAGCCUCUUGAAGAAAGACUCCUGCGAGCUGGAGAGAAGGUUGAAGGCCAGCCUGGAGGCGGCCGAGGCCUCCCAGAGCCAGCACACCUCCUUUAGGGAGAAAAUUGCAGUCCUCCUUAGGGGCAGCCUGGACAUGAUUGGGUCCACAGAGGAGGCCAUUCUGGAGAAGAUUCGAGAAAUGGACAGCCAGGAAGAGAGACAGAAAAGGAUGGUUUCCCAGCUUGAAGCCCAAAUAUCUGAGCUUGUUGAGCAGUUGGAAAAUGAGUCUGGGUUUCACCAGAAAGCUCUGCAGAGAGCCCAGGAAGCCGAGCACAAGCUGGAGGCUCUUCGGGGUCAGCUGACACACCUGGAGGAGGAGCUGGUGUCUGGAGAUGUUUUGCGGGACAACUUGAGUUUUGAGAAACAAAAGUAUCUUAAAUUUCUGGACCAGCUCUCAGAGAAAAUGAAAUUGGACCAGAUAGCUGCUGAACUCGGCUUUGACAUGCGUCUAGAUGUAGUUUUAGCUCGCGCGGAACAGCUGGUACGCCUUGAGAGCAAUGCCGUCAUUGAAAAUAAGACCAUCGCCCACAAUUUACAGAGAAAGCUCAAGACCCAGAAAGACAGACUGGAGAGCAGAGAACUGCACUUGAACCUCCUCCGGCAGAAGAUAGCGCAACUGGAGGAGGAGAAGCGGCUGCGGACAGGCCUGGCUGUGGAGAGGGACGAGGCCAAUGUCGCCUCUAGGAGGUUACAGAAGCAGGUGGAGAGGCUGCAGAAGGAGCUGAGCGCGUGCCGGGAAUCGAACACUGAGCUCAAAGCCAAACUGGCUGACACCAAUGAGCUGAAGAUUAAAACUCUGGAGCAGACCAAAGCCAUUGAAGACCUCAGUAAAUCCAGAGACAAACUGGAAAAGAUGAAGGAGAAGGCUGAGAAGAAGCUCAUGUCUGUCAGGUUGGAACUUGACACUACCGAGCACGAGGCCCAGGAGGACAAAGCCAGGGCCAGGAACACGAUAGAGGUGGUGACCAGUGAAUUGAAGACGCUAAGGAAAUCCCUGGAGGAAGCGGAAAAGAGGGAAAAGCAGCUGGUGGACUUUAGGGAGGUGGUUUCCCAGAUGUUGGGCUUGAACAUGACCAGCCUUGCUCUUCCUGACUAUGAAAUCAUCAAAUGUCUUGAAAGACUGAUCCAUUCCCAUCAGCAUCACUUUGUCACCUGUGCUGGCCUCAAAGAUGUGACUAUCAGGCAAGACAGGCACCUGCAAAGCCACUGAAAACAUCUUCAUUGAACACCGGAUCUCUUGAGGAGCUAAGGCAUGGGACACGAUGCUCAAUUGACAAAUUCUCCAAACGUUUGAAAUUUGAUCAGUAGGUGAAUAUUCUAUACUUUGGUGAUAGAGUGAGGAUCCAUCAUUGACAACAAAGAAUCUCAAAGGUAGAUAAAUGUUCACCACUAAAAACACCUAGUAUUUCAUAUGUUGGUACUUGGGGAUCCAGAAGAAUUCCAUGAGAUUGCAUAUCUAGGAUGAGAAUUGUUGGUAGAGAAUUACUACUCAUGGGGUAUCUCUUAUGAUUUACUACCCAACUUAAUUCUCAUAACCACCACAGAGAGAAGCUUUAAUGUUUUUAUUUCACAACCUCUCUGGGGCUCAGAGAGGGUGUCACCUUCCAAGAUUGCAAUUGCUGGUUGGUGAUAGAACCAAGAGAGAUUCUAUGUUGACUCUAUGCCGUGUCUUCUCUGCUACUCCAUGAUCCUCCAGUUUCUCCUGGCUCCCUGUGUUCUGGGUGACAAUUGCCUGCAAACAAUCAAGACUUGCAGUUCAGAAGUAAUGAAGGUUUAUGAGUGUAAUCCAUAUGAUUUCUUUAAAAAAGCAAUGUACCUAAUUAUUUGGAUAAGACAUGCAUAGUCUGAGGUCCUAUAAGAAACCUUGUGUUUUCAAAUGUUGCUGCCAGAUUGCAUUAGGUGGUAAUUUUUUAAUGUUUGAACAGGGCUGAUCUCAGUACUUUCAAAAUGGAGCAGUUAAUAUGAAAUUGAUGAUAUGAAGACAGCCUACACAGUUUUAUUUACCAAUAUAUCAAACAGUCAUAGCAAGUAUACUUCUUUAGAAUCCGGAUUUUAUUAUGAAUUUCUCUCACUUUACUAGUAUGUCUUCUUUUUAAAUUUUGAUUUCACAGAUAUUUUUCAAGAAUUUAUAGUAUAUAUUUUUUAAUUUCAAAGAGAAAAACGUGUUACUCUUUUGGAUGAUUAUCAUAUUUCUGCCACAUCAAUUUUUUUCAGACCUUGAGAAAAGCCUUGGUGUCUAAUUAAAGGAGAGGAAAAAGUAGAUUAUAACCAAAUAUUAAAAGAAAAUGAAAAGUCUAGUUCAGCUGGCAUGACUCAGUGGUUAAGCAUU